ACGCGUCGUUCACGCCCACGAGGCGCGGAGGAACCGCGACCAAAUUUGGCUGGGUUUCCUGUGCACUCGGCCGCUUGAACUAUGGUGCGUCCGUCCCGCUUGUGGGAACGCCGCGUGCUCGGCGCGCUUUUCCCCCGCCAAAACCGGAGCGGCGUCGGCGCGGCAAGAAGCUCGAGCACGAGGGCCGCGCGCCUCCCCAGGAUGGAGUACCAGGAUGCCGUAUGUGCCCUCAACACGCUUCAGACCAACGCCAGCGCACUGGAGCAGGUGCGCCGCGAGAGGGGUAACCCCCAACUUCAGCUGCAGGCCAUGAAGGCCUUCUUGCAGCGCUCAGGACUCGAGGUUGAAGAUCUUGACUGUCUCAACAUCAUCCAUGUGACUGGAACAAAGGGAAAGGGGUCAACGUGUGCUUUCACCGAGCAGAUUCUUAGGAAUUACGGAUUUCGCACUGGGUUUUACAGCUCCCCACAUCUGGUACAAGUUCGGGAAAGGAUCCGAAUCAAUGGCCAGCCUAUCAGCAAGGAGCUCUUCACUAAGUACUUCUGGCAGGUGUAUGGGCGACUAGAUGAGACAAAGGAUGCACACGGGGGCACCAUGCCAGCCUACUUUCGCUUCCUCACAAUUUUGGCUUUCCAUGUCUUCCUACAGGAAAAGGUGGACUUGGCAGUCAUUGAGGUGGGCAUUGGGGGUGCCUAUGACUGCACCAACAUAAUCAGGAAGCCAUGGGUGUGUGGAGUCUCAUCUCUGGGCAUUGAUCACACCAGCAUAUUGGGAGAUACCAUGGAGAAGAUCGCCUGGCAGAAGGGAGGCAUUUUCAAGCCAGGUGUACCAGCCUUCACGGUGAAGCAGCCAGAAGGGCCGAUGGCCGUGCUGAUGGAGCGGGCCAGGGAAAUCGGGUGUCCUCUUAGUGUGUGCCCAGACUUGGAGGAGUAUCAGGUGGAGGCCCACCCUCUUCACUUGGGCCUAGCAGGACAACACCAGCACUCCAAUGCCUCCCUUGCCCUCCAGCUCAGCCAGAGCUGGUUGCAGCGUCGCUGCUUUCCUGGGCACCUCUUCUUGCUCCCUCCGCUGGAAAAUGGCAGAACCUCUCAGGCUACCGCUUUUCAGCUCAGCCCCUUUAUGGUCAAAGGCGUGAAGGACACGGAAUGGCCUGGACGAACACAGACCCUGUUCCACGGUCCUAUCACGUACUAUCUGGAUGGAGCCCACACCACACGCAGCAUGCUGGCCUGUGUGCGCUGGUUCCGUGAGGCUGCUGCCCAGCAGGAGCACGCUGCUGGGGUCCCAGCGGUUCGUGUACUACUGUUCAACGCCACAGGAGAGCGUGACUGCGCUGCCCUGCUCAAGAUCCUUGUGCCCUGCUAUUUUGACUUUGCUGUGUUCUGUCCCAAUAUCACUGAGGCCAUGGCAUCCAGCAGUGCAGCAGACCAGCAGAACUUCAACGUGACAUUGGAGGGUGUGCUGACCCGUUGCCUGGACAAUCAGAACAGCUGGAAGAAUCUGACAGGACAGGAAGUGGAGCCAAGCUCUGGACUUCUCAUCCCUGGGAGUCUGCCCCUAGUGGCAGGCCAGAGAAGGACUGAAACACUAGUGUUUCCCUGUAUCCUCAGCGCUCUGCGGUGGAUCACCCAGGGCAGGGACCCAGUGCUGGAUGGCCCAGGCCAGAGCUCUGCCCCCAUACCAGCCAGCGUAGUAGCCAAGGCAGAGCCUCUGAGAGAAGCGGCUGCCAUCCAUGUGCUCAUUACUGGAAGCCUGCACCUCGUCGGUGGGGUUCUGAAACACUUGGAACCCUCCACUGCUGCAUAGAAACCAGCUGCACAGCACCUUAUAGCAUGUCUUAAUGGGCGUCAGCUCCACUGUCUUAUGCUUGAAGCGCAAGCACUGAUUAAGACUGUUUACUUAAACAGUGAUCUAUGGUCCUCUCAACUGUAAUAGAAGUCAUGUGUUUAAAUCUUAAAACUGCACAUAGUGUAGCACGUAGUUUAGGUAGCUGACUGAAAGUGAUUAAGGAACUGCACUUAACCUGAAGGCUAAAGGUUCACAUCUCAAGAACUUGCCUGUAGGUGUGUAUACAUUGGUGCAUUUAUAGAGUUUUAUGAGAAGUUAUGUGGAUCACUUUGGAUAAAAACAUUGACAAAUGGUAAUGAAAACUGAGUUGUUACUGUACUGAACCUUACCUUAGCUUGGUCCUCUGGGUACUUAUUUUAACCCUUUCUGGUACCUCAAGAAAACAAUUGCCUGCUUUUCCCUGCACCUUGAUAAACUGUCCCUAAAGCUGUAUUUUUAACAACUACAAUGAUAAUGUAAUGGAUAGUAGUUAAGACAUGUUCUGAUGCAAUGAGAUUU